CCUCCGUCAUCGCGUCGCGCUUUCAAAGUUCCCCCCGCGCGCGAGCCCCGCCCCUCUGCGAGCAAGCGGCCGCUGGUUGGCUCGACGCGGCUCAUUUGCAUUGACGUCAUUCGAGGCUGUAGGUCAAUCCGUGCGCGUGCUUCUGUCGGAUCCGCUGCUGUUCUCGACGCGCGUCAGUCUCCGUCAGGACGCUCGCGACGCGCAAGCGCCUUUUCUUCUGUCAUCUGGCGGCCGUCAGGGGGUUUCUCCGUCCGCCCGCGUCACGGGCAGAACCGUAGGCCCUUGAUUGACAGCUGCUGUUUAAUCCAGCUCUGGCGUCUCUCCGGAGUCUCAUCUAACGGCCCGUUUGAUGCCAUAAAUACCGGACCGCGCGUUCCGCGGCGCGUCGGGGCCAGAGCUCAGCCUGUUGAUGAGGAGCGGGAUAAACGCGCCCAAUGACUGCGGCUGAGGGAGCAGAAACAGAGGCCGCGCGGAGCGAUCGGGUGUGUUUGGCGCCUGGCGGAGGAGAAUAAGCGCACGGAUGGACCUGAACCGAGCCGGAGCUUGAGAUCCGCCAGAAAAGAGGAUGAGGAGUACCGCGCGCGAGAGCGGAGCAACACGAGCAGAGUUUGUGUUUGAUCGAGAGACGCGAUAGAUCCGAUCGUCUGGAUGCUCUGAGAGAGAAACCUUCCUAUUCGAGCAGCACCGGGUGAAGGAUGGGCUGCGCCUCCAGCAUCCACAUCUCCGACCGGGUGGUUUAUCACAGCGGGAAAGAGUCCGAGGACUCGCCGCAGCAGAACUGCCCUCAGCCGGACCACAUCAAGCCCAGCAGCGCCUGCCAGAGCACAUUAACAGAGGUGCAGUUUGGACCAAUGAAGCUCUAUGAAGAUCAGCUGCAGGUGCUGUUAGUGUUUGCCAAAGACGAUGCUCAGAGUCACAGCUUCUGCUGGGCGUGUGAACGCGCUGGUUUCAGGUGUAAUGUGGCCCGAACGCCGGAAGCGGCGCUGGAGAGCUUUCAGGAGAAGAACCACGAUCUGAUCAUCAUCGACCACAGACAUUCCAGAUACUUUGACGCUGAAGCGCUCUGUCGCUCAAUUCGAGCCAUCAGCUGCUCUCACAACACUGUGAUUGUUGCUGUAGUGAAAAGGCCGGAUCGUGAAGAAGCCACUGUGAUGCCGCUGAUGUCAGCAGGAUUUAACAGGCGAUAUGUGGAGAACUCCAACAUGAUGGCCUGUUAUAACGAACUCAUCCAGCUCCAUCACGGAGAAAUACGAGCUCAGAUCAAACUCAGAGCUUGUAAUGCUGUUUUUACUGCACUGGAACAGAGUCAGGAUGCCAUUGAGAUCAGCAGUGAAGAUCAUAUCAUACAGUACGUCAAUCCAGCGUACGAGUGCAUCAUGGGAUACCAGCGUGGAGAACUGCUGAAGGAAAACACUGAAGUGCCUAAGAGUGAAAAAAACAAACCAGACCUGCUGGAUAACAUCAGCUCCUGCAUCCACAGAGGGAAAGAGUGGCAGGGGGUUUAUUAUGCCAAAAAGAAGAACGGAGACAGUGUGCAGCAGAAUGUGAAGAUGACGCCUGUCGUUGGACAGGGAGGUAAAAUCAGGCACUGUGUGUCUGUUAACAGGCCUUUAAAUGACCAUAACAAGACAGAAAAGUCCUGUGAGCGAGUCCAGGCCGAAUCACAGACAGAUAUUCAGCAGUCCAGCAAACAUAAGGACCGAAGGAAAGGAUCGCUGGACGUUCGCUCGACGACCUCUAGAGGAAGUGAUGGAAGUUCUCAGAGGAGACACUCGUCUAUGGCCAGAAUCCACUCCAUGACUAUUGAAGCUCCCAUCACUAAGGUGAUAAACAUCAUCAACGCGGCUCAGGAGAGCAGUCCGAUGCCGGUGGCCGAAGCGCUGGACCGUGUGCUGGAGAUCCUGCGGACGACAGAGUUAUACUCUCCUCAGUUCGGUACUAAAGAGGAAGAUCCUCACACCAACGACCUGGUGGGCGGAUUGAUGACUGACGGACUGCGCAGGCUAUCAGGAAACGAGUACAUCUUAGCCACAAAACAGCUGCAUCACAUCCCAGGUCACCUGACCACACCGCUGUCCCUAAAUGAUAUCCCACCAUGCAUUGCUCAGACGAUGGAAAACGAAGACUCAUGGGACUUUGAUAUUUUCAACCUGGAGUCAGCUACCAUAAAGCGGCCUUUAACGUAUCUGGGUCUGAAGAUCUUCUCUCGGUUCAGUGUCUGUGAGUUCCUGAGCUGUCCGGAGGCGACGCUGCGCUCCUGGCUGCAGAGCAUUGAGACCAAUUAUCACUCCAGCAACUCCUACCACAACUCCACACACGCCGCAGACGUGCUCCACGCCACCGCAUACUUCCUGCGCAAGGAGCGCGUCAAGCAAAGUCUGGACCCCAUAGACGAGGUGGCGGCUCUGAUCGCGGCUGCCGUGCAUGAUGUCGAUCAUCCUGGACGGACAAACUCCUUCCUGUGUAACGCAGGAAGUGAACUAGCCAUACUGUACAACGACACAGCCGUGCUGGAGAGUCACCACGCCGCGCUGGCCUUCCAGAUCACCACACGAGAUGACAAGUGCAACAUCUUCAAGAACAUGGAGAGGAACGAGUACCGCACGCUCCGGCAGGCCGUCAUAGACAUGGUCCUCGCCACUGAGAUGACCAAACACUUCGAACACGUCAACAAGUUUGUCAACAGCAUCAACAAACCGCUGGCAACACUGGAGGAGAACGGGGACAAUGGUGAUGAGGACUCGGUGAAGAGCAUCCUGACGGCUCCAGAGAACCGGAUCCUGGUGAAGCGGAUGUUGAUCAAAUGCGCUGAUAUCUCGAACCCCUGCAGGCCGCUGGAGCUGUGCAUCGAGUGGGCCGGACGCAUCUCAGAGGAGUAUUUCGCACAGACGGAUGAGGAGAAGCAGCAGGGUCUGCCGGUGGUGAUGCCCGUGUUUGAUCGCAACACCUGCAGCAUUCCCAAAUCCCAGAUCUCCUUCAUCGACUACUUCAUCACCGACAUGUUUGACGCCUGGGACGCGUUUGCUGAUCUGCCCAAUCUAAUGCAGCAUCUGGACAACAACUUCAAAUACUGGAAGAGUUUAGAUGAGAAGAAGCUGCGGAGCCUGCGGCCGCCACUGGAGUGACACACACACACACACACACACACACACACACACACGAGCGGAGCUAACGUGAUCGAUGGACGCGUCUCCUCCGGUGAAGAAACACUAGUGAUCGGCUCGACUGCGGCAGAAACACGCAUCUGUGGAGCGCUAUUUAUUUUGGUCCAGUUCUUUUUUUUUUUAGCUAAUAAAAACCCUCAGACCCACGAGAGAUGAUCUAAACGCCAAAGGUGAUUAGCACGGAUGAUGUUAUUGUGUUUAAUAUCUGCAGACUCUGACAGAAACGUCACGUUGUUAUUUUCGUGCGUGGUUGCGAGCAGACGUUACGCCGCAUCUGUGAAGACUUCGGGCCUUGAACGAUUUUCCUCCAGAGAUUCCUCUCUGUGGUCGAUCUACUGACGAGACUGCUGCCUUAUUUUAUACGCUCUAUUUAUACGGCUCACGGCGACCCGCCGUGACGGACUUCA